AUGAAAGAUUUUACUUCCCGGUUGUUGCUAAUUCUUUCCGUUGCGGCAGCUCAAGUCUCCUUCAUGGCUUGCUUGAGCAAGAGUUUCGUCGAGCGCGACGAUGCGAUUCUCUUCGACGAUAUUGUGACCAACCAGAACGACGAGCAAGCCGAUGAGCCAGCAUACAAUCCAACCACAGGCAGAUUCAUCGCUCCGGCCAAUGGAACUUAUCGGGUUGAAAACUCUGGACCUCUUUUUGUCCACUUGAUGAGAAAUGAAGACAUCGUCGCUUCUGGGACCAACCACGAUGAUAAGUUUGAAACAACAUCUUGCAACGCCGUUUUGAUUCUCAAGAAAGGCGAAAUCAUCUGGGUCAGGCUGAAACAUGGCAUUGUUUUCGGCGGCUCUCCAAGUCAUUACUCGGCAUUUUCUGGGUUCAUGCUUGCUCCGACCAGUUAA